AUGGGUUGUAUCUUGGGUAAAAUAACAAAAGAUCAUCUUCGUAAAUCACGAUUUGCGUGUUUAUGGGAAUAUACAAUUAACGAUGAACCACCACCAAACUGGUGGCGUUGGAGAUUUUGCUCGAAUCGGUGGUGUGUUGGAUUGUUGGAUAAUAAUGCUCCGGAUGUUGAAUUCUUGAGUCAAAUGAGACCAAGACUUCGUUGUGUUGAUUACGAUGAUGAAAUAUCGGUUUUUGGUGUGACUCAACAUCCAAUUUCCGGCAAAUAUUUAUUGGUGAUUGAGCCAACAUUUCUUCUCUUACGACGUUAUCUUUAUGCUCCUGCUCAACCAAAAAAUUCCUCAAAAUUCUGUCCUCUAUCGCUAUGA